UCGCAUUUAUAAUAUUAGUAAGAAAAAUAUAACUAACCAGAAUUACAUUGACGUAUAUUCUAUAGACUCGAAAGUCCUUACAUUAACUAACUCCUACCAUUUUUCCACGUAUCAGUCGCAAUAUUUUCCUAAAAACAAUAACGCGAUUAUAAAUAUCGCUUGAAAGCACCAGAUCCUGACAAAUAUGAUGUCAUACUUUAAAGUUUUCAACUGCAUAAUAAUCACGCAUGCUGCAAAGGACAAAUAAAGGCGACAACCAUCCAUAUUGCUAAUAUACUUGUAUAAUAUUUUAUAACUGUCAUUCUAUAUUGAACUGUAAAAUUAAUGUGUUAACAAUUCAAAAUUCAAACUUGUUUGAAGAUUUACUAUCCUAGCACAGUUUUGUUUUACGAAUGUUUCGCUAGAUGGCAGCAGAUUGGCAGAUUACACUGGUAAACAAAUAUUAACCAAUUCAAGAUAGUGGGUCAUAUUUUUUUGUAAUAAUUUAGUAUCCAACGACGCGAUCUGCGAAACGCACGUAAUGUAAAAAAAAACUCAUUCUCACGUAAUGAAAAUAAUCAUUGUAGAAACAAAAAAAUAUGUCUCCACAAGUGUUUAUAUCUGUGCUACUACAUAUUCUUCUCGUUGUUUUGAUUAUAAUACUUAUAUAUUUCGCGAUAUACGUUGUGUUAAAAACGUGGAUAAGAAAUAAAUUCGGAAUUUGUACAUCCACGGAAAGACUUACCGGCAAAGUGGUACUUGUGACUGGUGGAAACACAGGAAUAGGCCUGGAGACAGCCCGUGGCCUGGCCAAACGUGGUGCCAAGGUCAUCAUAGCCAGCCGCAAUCAGCAACGGUCUGAGGCAGCCGUCGCCGACAUAAUCAAGAGCACAGGAAAUUACAAUGUCGAAUACAAACACUUAGAUCUUGCAAAUUUCAGCAAAAUUCGAACUUUUGUAGAAGACUUCAAUAAUUGUUACAACCGCUUGGAUAUUUUAGUUAACAACGCUGGUAUUCUAGCAGUAAAUGACGUCACAGAAGAUGGAGUACACAUUAUAAUGCAAAUAAACUACUACGGGCCGUUCCUAUUGACAAUGUUGCUGAUGAGGAAAUUGAUAGCAUCAAGACCCAGUCGAAUUGUGAACGUUUCCUCAUGCGCACUCAUUGGGGCAGAUCUGAACAACAUAUACGGCAUCAAUACAAAUCCCUUACGAGUGUAUUGCAACAGCAAAAUCUUCCAGAUGUUGUGGACCAAAGCCCUGGCUAAAAAACUGCCUGAAGGAAUUACUGUCAACGCGCUCCAUCCUGGGUUAGUAGGGACUGAGAUUUUGCCAAUGAAUAAUGUUUUAAAGAAGGUAUUGACGACUCUGAUCGGUCCAUUAUUAAAGACUCCAGAAGAAGGAGCUCAGACCACAUUACAUUUAUGUGUGUCGAAAGAAGUGCAGAAGAUAACUGGAGGCUACUUUGAAGAUUGCAAGCUAGUGCCUCCAAGGAAUUCCUUAGUCACUAACGAAGAGGCAGCUGAGAAAAUUUGGAACCAGAGUAUUAUGGUGACAAAAAUAGACAAAUCUUUGACAGUUUUUAAUGAUGUAGACACAAGUGCGUCGUGAUAGGAAAGAUUGUGACAAAGUUAUAUGUAAAUAAUGAUUUUAGUGAUGUAAAUAUUAACGUAAUUAUAAAUAAUAUAUCUAUAAAUUGAUUAUUUGCUGUCAAUUAAAAUUAUUUGUUUUGUCACUGAUCAUAUAUGACAGAAUAAAUAUUUGGCCUCGACA